GGGGCUGAAAUAUCUGACUGUACAAUAAUAACAUUAUGUGUUUAAUAUAGCUCUAGUUGUUUUUUAUAGAAGGGUUUAUUCCGGAGCGUCUUGCACUGCUCGGAGUGAAUGUUAGGUACCAGACUGGAUCUGGACUUGCAACUGGAAUAAUAUUCAACUUUGUUGAAAUCAUCAGACCUUGAAGAGUAUAAAGGCCCUACUUUUUGUGGCCCACACAUGAGAACAGAAUUCUAUUUCCACAGCGCUCAGCGCAAUGCCUGACCGGGAUAGCACCUACCUGGCAGGUGGAGGCGGUGGUAGUAGUGGGGCGGGGACUGGCAGUGGUGUGGGUGAGGACGGGGGCACAGGGUCAGGUUUAAGUGGUGGCACAGAGGGUCGAGGCGGAGUUGGGGUAAACUCAGGUGGUGGUAACGUUGGUUCCACGACCAUGGAAUGUGGCAGUGCCCUGGGAAACUGUCACAGCUGUGGUGGAUGUUUUGGCUCCAGCUCUGUGUCCAACGGCGUUUGUCGAGAUUUUCUGCGCAAUGUGUGCAAACGCGGCAAGCGCUGCCGCUUCCGCCACCCAGACUUUAACGAGGUACCCGACAUUGGUGCCCAAAAGAGCGAGUUUGUUUUUUGUCACGAUCACCAGAACAAAGAAUGUGUGCGCACUAACUGUCGCUUUGUGCAUGGCUCCAAGGAGGAUGAGGACUACUAUAAGAAAACUGGUGAACUGCCACUGUGGUUGCGGUGGAAGGUGGCAGCAGGCCUGGGUUUGUCACUUACCGACCUGCCACAGAACCGAGGUGAGGUGCCAAUAUGCAGAGACUUUUUAAAAGGCGAAUGCCAGCGGGGCAACAAGUGCAAGUUUCGCCAUCUGCGGAAGGACCAUGAGCAUGAGGCUUCACGCUUUAGCACUGGGGGAAUGAUGAGUGUCUCAAGUGGGGUUGGUGGCAUUAUGAACGCAAGUGGAGCAGGUGUUGCCUGCGGUGGAAUGGCCGGAUUAGUUGGAGGAAGUGGAGGUAACCUAAUGGGCAUGGGCAGCCCCAACCUAGGAGGGUGCAGGGAUCAGGUAUUGUGUGGUGGGGCAGGAGGAGGAUCUGUGGGAAGUUGUCUCUCCAUGAGUGUUACUGGACAGCGGCGCUACGACAGGGGUCCCUGUUCUGUUUAUGACCCACUGUUCGAAAAUGGACUGUUCGAUACUGGCCCACUGGAGAGCCCUGUAGAUCACGCUGCUUACCAGUUAAAGAGGAGACGAUUGGAAUCAUUGCGGCUGGCUGACGGAGGAGGGCAUUACGACUUGGGGAUGCAGACAGCCCUGUCCACUCGGCCACUUGAAUACCGUUUUUUGGAAGAGGAGAAUGCUCUACUGCGAAAGAGAGUAGAAGAACUCAAGAAACAGGUCUCCAACCUGAUGGCCACCAACGAAGUCCUGCUGGAGCAAAAUGCUCAAUUCCGCAGCCAGACUAAGGUCAUGACCCUCUCCUCAACGCCGGCUCUUUCGGAGCAGAGCCUACCUCUGCCGGUUGGAUCCAUAAGCUCCUACAACCACAGCAUCGCCCAGACCCGCACUACACUGAGCAGUGCCGGCCUCCAGCCUCGAGCCGUGACCCAGCAGGAACUGGUGGCACCGGCUGGGGCUCCCACUGGAGCACUGCCAACCAAUGCUGCACCUCCGCCUGCCGUACCCCCUCCACCUCACCUGAACCCUGAGAUCACUCCGCUGUCAGCUGCACUCGCACAGACCAUCGCCCAGGGCAUGGCAACACCCGUCUCCAUGGCACCAGUGGCAGUCUCUGUGGCACCAGUUGCUGUGUCAAUCGCGCAGCCUCUACCGGGCAUUACUAUGAGCCAUGCCACCACACCCAUGGUGUCAUACCCUAUUGCCAGUCAGAGCAUGAGGAUUACUACCAUGCCACAUUAGUGAAGAAUUUAACACAAAAUGGAUAAUCACUGAUUAACAGCACAUUUGGCAUUCAGGAUGGCUACUGUUACAAGAAAGUACAGUAAUGAUCAUUCAUCUGUGGGUGUUUUAGAAAUGCGUCCCAAAACCAGCUCAUUAAGCUGAGGGGAAACCCUAAGAACAUCCUCUUACCAGUAUAAACUCAUAGUGAAACUCAGCUAGCACCUUAUACUUUAGACUUGGACAGUUGUGUGACUGACUAUGAGUACAUGAAGUGUGCUAGAGCCUUAUUUUUAGUGAAUAGAGUUUGUCUCUCUCUUUAAUUAGUUUUUAAUGUUGAUUUCUUUGUAUAAAGUAAUAUUUGUUGUUUUCUCACACAAAAAACUGUAAAUAGCAAUAAAACUGUAAAGUAUGUAGAUCAUACUUUUAUGUUGCUUUAUUUGACUGUCCAUUAUAUUGAUGUGUUUUUUUUUUCCAUAUCAAUGUUUGUUAUGACAUGCUAGUCCAGUAUUUCUGAGAUCCAGGUUUCAAAUAUCAGCGGUGCUGUCAGCUGGUCAGGAGUCUUUUAUUUAGGGCUGCACGAUAUUGGAAAAAACUGACAUUGCGAUUUUUUUUUCCUGCGAUAUAUAUGCGA